AUGUCUAAAGAUCCUAAGGGAUAUUAUAAAAUACUCGAGCUGAGUCCUGGGGCAUCUAUAUCUGAAGUAAGAAGAGCUUACUCAAGACAGCAAGCAAAGUAUCAUUUAGAUUCACCAUUUAUGAAGGACAAACUGAAGAAUGCAGCUAAUGAUGAGGAGAGAGAAAAGAUAAAGAAGGAGUGUGGGGAGAUGUCUGCAAAGCUGAACUCUGCCAAGAGUGUACUGUUUGAUGAGAAGAAGAAGAAGGAGUAUGACAGCGGAGUUGGGGAGUUUGGGGCUCACUUUUCUGGGGGAGGCUAUUCAGACAUUUUUGACAUAUUUAGUCAGUUUACGGGGGGCAGAGGCCAUCAAAGGACAAAUAAGGUGAAUUCUACGAAGUAUGUCAUAACCAUUUCUCUUAGAGAGUCGUUUGUCGGGAAGGUGUCGAAGUUCAAUGUUAGGACUGAAAAGAUAUGCCCUACAUGUGACGGGAAGGGAGGAAAGGAUGUAGAAGCGUGUAAGAAGUGCAAUGGAAGUGGAGUGUGUACUACCCGUAGAAACCUAGGGGGGUUUGUGACUCUUGCAGAAACACGAUGUGAUUCCUGUGGAGGGUCUGGGAAUAAGAUUAAAGGCAAGGCAUGUAGCGCAUGCAACGGCGGGGAGUAUAUACAAGACAAGACCAUGUUUGAAGUGAAUAUAAAGCCAGGAGUUAGAAAAGGAGAGAAGAUUGUCUUUGAAGGCAUGGGGGACCAGAGAAGAAACCAUGUUCCUGGAGAUGUAAUUUUCAUAAUUGAUGUGCAAGAGGACAGUAGAUUUGAAAGGCGUGGGAAUGAUCUGAUAGGCAAGAUAGAUAUUCCUCUAUGUACUGCUAUUGGAGGAGGUGUUGCAUACUUCACCCACAUCGACGGGAGACUGCUCGAGAUAAAUGUGAACCCUUUCAAGACGUUUGACACUGUUCUUAGGAUUCGCAACGAGGGAUUCAAGGGGAAUAAAGUGGGGAAUCUGGUUCUAAGGCCGAAUAUCAUAAUUGGAAGUGAGUCUGACCGAGCAAAGAUUAUGCAAGUAUUGCCGGCACCACCGAGAAAGCCUUAUGGAACGUUUACGAAGGUGAACAGUGAGUUUGGUAAUAUGCCUGAGGCCGAGAGGGAACAAGAAGAUGCUUCUGAUGAUGGUAUGCAUAAUGCCAAAAGCUUCUUUAACAACUUCAGCUUCUUUUGA